CAGCUCCAAUCCAUCCCAAUCAUCCUUGUCCACCGUUCCACGUCGCACAUUUCAUUCACGAUUGUGACUCACGACUCUUGGCUCGUUCAGCAAAGAUGUACUGGCCCACUGCCACUGCCCAGAGGUUGCACCUCUCUCCUUGCAUCCCCACAUCCGCGCCCGCCCAAGCCGAUUCUUCCUCUUCCUCCUCCUCCUCCUCCGCCUCCUCCUCCUCCUCCUCCUCGUCGCACCUCAUCGCGCUCGUACCAUCACCCUCUCAUCGCAGAUUCAUCAGCUCGGAUGCCAGCACCAUUCACUUGUGGACCACUCGUCCCGCACACUGUAUAGCUGCGUUUGUGAGGACGCAGAGGAGCUUGGAUCAGUAUGGCCAUAAUGCAGGCGUCGUAUGGAGGGAUGAGGGCGCUUUCGCCGUUCUGACGACGACUUCCCACCUGCUGCUCUACACCAUCCUUCCCCUCGGAGGCCCUCCAUUCUCCUACCUCCCCUCCACAGGUCCCACCUCCAAAUCCAAAGCUGGCGAAUUCUACGCUCCCUCGUUGCAAUCCCUCGGCAACAACUUUGCGGCGGGAGCUGGUGAGAGGACAAACGAGCUUCGCGAUGCUGCAAACACGGAUUGGGCUUGCGAAGCGUGCGAGAUCAGGUUCAGAUUGGUGCUCAGGGUAGAUGCUGGCGUGAGCAGCUUUCAGAGCACACCCACCCACAUCUUGCUCGCUACCCUUCAUCCACCUUCUCUGCAAUGCAUUCCCUGGCCUCCCGAUGAUCCUUCCCAUCCUCCCAAUCACGAUGCACCUCGAACCGCCCUCUUAUCCCGUUUGGAUUGGAUCGUCCAGAGCUCUUCGGUUGAUGGGCCCGCACGCGAUGCGGAGGCGGGGCCAGAGGAGACAUCGGGACGAUCAGCUGCGGUUCACGUCAUUGCUCAGUCUUUUAGUGAGGAGCUAGCGACGCACGUGUGGAUUACUUCCGACGGUCGAGCCUACCUUACCACUCUCACCUUUGACACCCGGACGGCGAUUUGGCGCGGCAAAUGUUUUCAUGGGCCCAUUCGAUCUCGUCGAAGGUCUGCAGCUGGUAGGAGCGUCGCCUCCAUGUCGGAGGAAGGGGGCGACGGAUCGACGAUGGAUCAUGAGCGGGACAAGAGUGCCCAGACUGAUGUCGAACAGGCAGGAGGAGAGGAGGGGGCAGAAGAAGACGAGCCGGAGAUUUCCCCGCCUAUGGGUGCCCUGUCUCGCGGUACGGCUAUCGGUAUCAACGGUGCCUUUUCGCUCAUAGCUAUAGGUCUGUCUGGCGGAUCGGUAGCAGUGUACACCUAUCAUCCCCACUCGGCAAAAGCUAGACCUUCUCACAUGCUCAGCGUCAGAACGGCACUCAAGAGCACCGCUAGUUAUCUCACCACGGGGCCGGUCAAGUCUUUGCAGUGGACCGAGGAUGGGCAUGCGCUGGCUGUUGCUUGGGAGAAGGGUUGGGCGGUGUGGAGCACGUAUGGCAAGCUGAUGGCUUGCAGUCUGACAGAGGGCUGGGAGAAUGCCUCGCGCACAUUUACGGACCACUUUAUGCGGGGCGUGCAGUCUGCUUUUUGGGGCCCUGGGAGCUGCGACCUUUUCAUGCUCCAUGUUCCUUCUGACGAUCCUACACCCACGAGCAGGGAUGGGCAAUUAUUUGCGCUACCCUUUGCAAAGAGCGCAAUGGCUGGGCAGCACUCGCCCGAUAAUACGAGGUACGCCUUUGUCCAGCUCGAUGAUGCGUUGCUGGUCUACAGAGGUAGCGAGAGACCAGACAUGAGCAUCAUCAAUCCCGAAUCGGAUGUCUGGCAGCAUGUCAAGAUACCUCAAGCUUACAUGGCGGCCAAUUGGCCGAUCCGAUACGCUUGCAUCAGCGCUGAUGGGCGACUCAUUGCCGUCUCUGGUCAAAGAGGGCUAGCGCACUUUAGCACGCUAUCGGGACGGUGGAAAACGUACUCGAACAAAUCUCAGGAGAGGGCGUUUGCAGUGCAAGGAGGUUUGCAGUGGUAUCAGCACGUGCUGAUCGCAGCCGUGGUGACCGAAUCAUCGACGUUCGAAAUCCGACUGUAUUCAAGGGAUUCGGAUUUGGAAGACGCCAGGAUCUUGUUCAAGGAGCAAUUGGAAGCACCUGUAGUGCUCACGUGCCUCUUUGAUAAUAGUCUCCUGGUAUACACCCACGACAAUACCUUCUUUCACUACCUCAUCGAUACGGAGCAGGACGAUAUCAGACUCAAGUUGUGCGGAAGCAUCACGUUUGAUGGCGUUGUUGCAGAGCCGUCUAGAGUACGAGGCAUGAGCUGGAUGGUUCCGCCUUCGCAGCAACAGUUUGGAGACCCGAUGGACGACCUGACCGUGGCUACCGUCAUUUUCCUCAUCGACGGCAAACUCAUGCUUCUGCGUCCCCGAAAGGCAGGCGAGGAUCAAGACGAAGUGUCGUACGAUAUGCAAAUCCUCGGCGAUCGCAUCGAGUACUACUGGACCCACUUGUCGGGUGUUGGUACACUGGAAAAUUCUCUGUGGGGAUACGACGGACAUGGUAUAAAGUUGUGGCUCGACGCGCUCACCAUCGAGCAGGCGGAAAGGGUGGAUGAGGAAGAGGACGAGGAUACGCCAGAGUACAAGACGAUCGAGGAGAGCGUCUCCAUGCCUCUUGAUUUCUAUCCGCUAUGCGUCUUGAUCGAAAAGGGCAUCGUCAUAGGUGUCGAGCCCGAAGUAUCUCUGCGACGCUCGCUCGACUUUACAAUCUUUAGAAGCAGCACCACGACUUUGCUUUUCCUUCAGCACGUCUUGCGUUGCUACCUCGCGCGCGAUCAGCUCUUGGAAGCCGUGCUCUUCGCGAGUCAUUACAGGGACCUGGUAUACUUUGCUCAUGCGUUGGAAAUCUUGCUGCAUGCGGUGUUGGAGGAUGAAGCGGAUGCGUUGCUGGAGGAGGCCGAGCAGCGCGGAUCGUCGGCUCCCUCCAGCCCAACUCGGAGACGCCCCAGCAUCGCACCCGCCAAUGGCCUACCUGCCUCAUCGAGCAUGGACAGCGCGAAUGUCGCAGACACGAGCAGCGGUUCGGCCAUCGUUCACCCUUCCGGCACGGUGAACGGUCAUGAUCUUCCCAAUCGCGCAUUACUGCCCGUAGUGGUGGCAUUCUUAGAUCACUUUGACGAAGCUCUAGAAGUAGUGGUAGGCUGUGCACGCAAGACGGAAGUUGCACGUUGGUCCUACCUGUUCGACGCUGUUGGUGCGCCUCGAGAUCUGUUCGAGAGCUGCGUAGCAGCAGGCGAUCUCAAGACUGCUGGAUCUUAUCUGCUCGUCCUGCACAACUUGGAAGCACUGGAAGAGAGCACGGCGCAAGCUAUACGGCUGCUGAAGCUUUCCGCUGAAGCGCAGAAUUGGACCUUGUGCAGGGACCUGCUUAGAUUUGCUAGGAGCAUGGACGAGAGUGGACAGACGCUCAGACAGGCUGUCAACGAGGCUAGACUGCUUCCCGAGCUCAGCUCCCUGUACGCCCUUCCUACUCGGUCCGACCACGAUGGCGAAGUCACGCUGUUUGUGCCGCAAUCUGUGGGCGGAGCAGGAGCACCUGCGAUUAGCAGGGGUGCGAGAGCAGAAAGCAACAUUCCCCCUCCUCUCAACCGGGUCGUAUCCGCACCCUCCCUGCUCGACGAAGCGCUCCUCGAAGAGUCAGAAGGUGGCGACUCUUUAGAUGGCGCGCUUUCCUUGCGCACGCCCACAGCGUCCGCUCGACCUUCCCUCUCGCCCACCUCGCACCUCACACCUCAGCGAGCCAACUCCCUGUUCGGCGUCGCUUCGGAAGGUCCACCGAUUCCUCAAGUCAACGUCAAUGGACGAGUCCUGCCUUCUGUCCAGCAGCAGCAGCAGCAGAUACAACGCAGCGCCAGCAGCUCCAGCAUGAGUGCCAGCACCAGCAACGGUUCUACCGCGUCCGCCUCGGCGAAUUUGGCAGCACCGCACAAGACGCACCGCAGUGGUCGCAAUGCGACGGGAGCUGGAGCGGGCUUGGGCAUGUCUUUGAGUCGAGUCGGAUUGAGGAGCACGGAUAGACUUUGGGAUCCGAGCACCAAUAGCCCAGUCACUGGCAGAAGAACAUCUACAUCCACAGCAUCGAGCGCGAGCGCAAAUAGCUCGCCAUCUCGGACAGCAUCGACGGAUCUACCUCUCCCCUCUGCAGAUGGCCAAAACGAAAGGCAGGCUAUAGCUGGUCCAGAGUAGACGCUCGAGGGCAUUGCAAGGUCUUUUGCAAGGAGGUCAUGAUAUUUUAUUGCACCGCUACAAUGAUGCGCUGAUCAAAUCUCCAAAGUACCUGCAUGGGGCGAUGAAUUUGAGCGCUCUCGAGUAAGGGAUUGCGUCUUUGUACGGUGCGCAGGGCGUGGCACUCACUCUUCGUACGCAUUUCCGACCUCAUCGAUGGCAUCGUGAGCCAACAUGCUCCUCUUUUUGCGCUCGAACGCUUUCCUGCUCGAAGCUCGAGCGAUGAGCGCAGCUCCAAAAGCUGCCAAGAGCGGUCUCCUCUCCGCCUCGAUACGAUCCUUGUACGGCGAGACUUGAGCCCAGGCUAUGAAAGUGCCCAGCGAGCCCGAAAGAAUGUCGCCUUGGCCCCCGCAGCGCUUUAGCGAACCUGGUGCAUCGACGUGCAGCACUUGCC